AUGUCGGGGAAAAUGACACUGUACAAGUUGGUGGUGCUGGGGGAUGGUGGUGUCGGAAAAACGGCGCUCACAAUUCAGUUAUGUCUAAAUCAUUUCGUUGAGACGUACGAUCCGACGAUCGAAGACUCGUAUCGGAAGCAGGUGGUGAUCGAUCAGCAAUCAUGCAUGCUGGAAGUACUAGAUACCGCAGGCCAGGAAGAAUACACAGCACUAAGGGAUCAGUGGAUCCGUGAUGGUGAAGGGUUUGUGCUUGUUUACAGUAUCACCUCACGGGCUUCUUUUUCGAGAAUACAGAAGUUUUACAACCAGAUCAAAAUGGUCAAAGAAUCAGCCAGUUCUGGCUCUCCCACCGGCGCCAGCUAUCUAGCCUCCCCGAUCAACAAUCCCUCCGGACCUCCGCUUCCCGUUCCUGUGAUGCUGGUUGGUAACAAGAGCGAUAAAGCUGUCGAGCGAGCAGUGUCCGCGCAGGAAGGCCAGGCCUUAGCCAAGGACUUGGGCUGUGAGUUUGUUGAAGCGUCAGCGAAGAAUUGCAUCAAUGUUGAAAAAGCUUUCUACGACGUGGUUCGGAUGCUCAGGCAGCAACGGCAACAACAACAAGGAGGGCGAUCUCAGGAUCGCCGACCCACUGGCUUGGGUCCCAUGCGCGACCGUGAUGCUGGUCCAGAAUAUCCGAAGUCUUUCCGGACUGACCGCGGCGGGCGGCAUCGUAGCUCAAUAAAAUGCACCAUUCUGUGAAUCAAGCCUCUCUUGCUGGUCGAGUUACACCCUAGC